GGAUUGGCUGGUUCGGCCCUGACUUAAAAGAAGGAGGCGGCAAUGUGGCUUUUUGAAAUCCGUUUUCUCUGCUCGGCGGUCCUGCCUGGCUCGGCCGCGACAUGUCCUUCCCCAGGGCUCCGCUCCGGCGCUUCAACGAGGCUCCCGCUUGUGCACCACCACCAGGCUCUUAUGAUGUUAAAACUUCAGACGCCUCAAAAGGACCUAUAUCUUUUGAAAAGUCUGAACGAUUCAGAGUACAAACAGGAGACGUUGAAACUCAGCCGAAUCGCAGCCAUAUGAAGCCUCCACCUUCCCCAGCAAAUGGAAGAAAAGUGACACUUCAGAAAUCAAAAAAACCAAAUAGCUCUGGAAUGAAGGUUGAAAAGGAUUUGACUGUCUUGAAAGAUAUGAAGAAACAAAAAGAGCUAGAAAAAGAGAUACGGUUGUUGACUGGAGAACGAAGCCAGCAGGAUAAAAGGCUGCAAGCCCUGGAGGAAGACCUUGCAAAGGCUGAAGCAAAGCUGUGUGCUGUAGUGAGGGAGAAAACCUCUCUUUUGGAAAAUGUUGCUUCUUUGAAAAAACAGCUUCUGGAUUUGAGCAGAACCAAUGAACUUCUAAAAACAAAGUGUUUUGAAGAUGGGACACAGAAAAAAAUGAGCACUCUAAUGGUAGAGGUAAUGAAACUCAGGCAUCGUCUGACUGCGAAGAGGGUCACCUUUGUUAGACAGAGAGACAUGGAGUCAAAACCAAAUGCAACCCAAGAACCCAUGGAACAUUCAAAAGAAAAAGUAGCACAGCUGGAAGAACAAUUGAUGGAAAUGUAUAAACAGGCUGAAGAGAAAUAUGAUUCACUGAAGCUCUUGGAAUAUAUUACAGAGCUUGGGAAUGUUGCAGAACAAGUGGGUGAUAAAUACAACCUAGAUAUUGCUUAUUUAGAGGAAAUAAUAGAAGCCAAAAAUAAGAAUAUUGAAACAUUACAAAGUGCUCUUCAACAGAAAGAAACAAUGCUAUCAACACAAGUUGAAGAGAUGAAUGAGAAAUGCAAGAUGGCUGAAGAACAAAAAGAGAAAAUGCUAACUGAAUAUGAAGUAAAGAAGCAAACUAUGAAUGUUGAGAUGGAAUGCUUGAAAGAACAACUGAAUCUAGAAAAGCAGGAGCAGCAAAAGCAGAAAGAAGCCUAUAAGGAGAUCUCGGCUACUAUGCAGCAGAAGCUAUUUGCUCUUCAAGAAGAGAUGGUGAAAGAGAGACAGAUUCUAGAAAGAGAACUGAGAGAAACUAUGGAUGAGGUGGAUAAACUGCAUGCUAAAGAUGGUGAAGCUGAGAAACUGUUAAAGGACUUGGACGAAAAGGUGGAAUCUCAAGAUGAGAAAAUAGCACAGCUUGAAGCAAAACUAGAAAGGAAAAAUGCAACGUUAAAGAAAAUGACAGAACUACACAGUAAUGCCAUCGAGAAGAAACAAAAAGAGCAUACCACUGUCCUAUGUAAGCUGGGAGAGACCACUGCUGAAUUUGAAAUUUUCAAAGCUUGUGCAGAAAAGGAAAUUGCAUGCCUCAAAGAAGAGAAAAUUACUAUGGAGGAAAAACUACUUCAGAUGAGUAAAGCAAUCCACCAGAAGAUUGAAACAAUACAAGAGUUACAGCAUGCUAAACAGAAAGCAAAGGAAGAAUUUGCAAGGAUGCUGUUGGAUGCUCAGACAAAAAUAGCAUUGAAAGAUGCAGAAAUAAAACAAAUCAAAGAAUCAAGUGCAAUGCAGCUUGGUGAUCUACAAGCAAAAUUAGAAGAUCAAACUGAAGAUUUUAAGAAACAACUUGAAAUAGAAAGGAAAACUAUUGCAGAAAAAUUAGAAGCAGAUUAUAAAGAGAGCACAGAAACCUGGCGUAUUCUAUAUGAAGACCUCUUUAACAAAGUAAGACCUUUCCAGCAACAAUUGGAUGCAUACGAGGCAGAAAAGAAUGCCCUUCUGAAUGAGCAUGGUGCUGCCCAAGAAGAACUGAACAAAAUCAGUGAUGCAUAUGCUAAGCUGCUUGGCCAUCAAAAUCAGAAGCAGAAAAUCAAACAUGUCAUAAAACUGAAGGAAGAGAACACCCAACUGAAACAGGAAAUAUCAAAGCUGCGCUUCCAGCUAGCAAAGGAGAAACAAGUUCAUGAAGAGCUUCAGGAGAAAAUAAAUCAAAUUCAGGGGGUAAAGCAAUUUGAUCCUUCAAAAGCUUUCCAGCACAUUCCCAAGGAAAACGUUCCUCCCAAAACACCUUUUAAAGAAAGUAACAGAAGAACAACCAAAUUGCUCUCAACUCAUCUGGAACAAAUUCACACGUAGGAGCUUAACUGCAAGGAUUUUGCUUUUGAAGAAAGUAACUGAGCUGCUCUAUGAAACAUUGUGAAUGUAUCUAGGUUGUCUCAAUUUAAAUGGAUAAUGUAGCUAUCAUUUUAAAAUUUCUGUUUAUAUAAUUACUGUUCAAAUUGUCUUUUGUUUAGAAUGAAAGUGGUGAUCACCCUGACAUAGUUAAUUACCAGCUUUCUGGUCACCAGAUAUGUACUAACAACUAGCCCCAUGGUGGCUGCAGUUUCAAACUUUUGUCUGUUUGUGGUGAGAAUUAACCUGUGCUGAGGAGUUGAAAUAAAAGCAAAAGUGAGAGGGAGUAAGAAAGAGAAGGUUCUAGGAGAAAGAAAAAAUAAAGGGUCUGAAGAUCAGGGGUCUUAUACCUGACUUCUCACUGAAGAAGUGGAUUGACACAAAAGGCUGCCAGUUAGUGAAAUUGUCCCUUCAAUGACUGAACAUUGCUCCAUAAAUCUUUGCCUGCAAUAUACCUUGACACUGGGAUUUGUUCUAACUCUAACAUUUACAAAGAUUUUUGUAUUUCACAAAGCACAUCCAUAGACAAUUUUAGCAUCUAGGUAAUUUUAUAAUUUAUUCAUUAAACAAACAUUAUUUUAGUUCAACAUGAUACUUAUUGCUUGAACAUAUUUUCCCUGCUUUUUAAUAACUUCAAUAACUAAAAUUAUAAGGAUAAAAUUUGAAAGUAAAAGUAGAAUUGUCAUUGUACAAAGCCCAGGAGUAUUAAACAAUUUUAAUUUUAGGCAUAGUAAAACUUUUAACGUCAUAGGAUGGUCUCUACACGGGCCCAGAUAUGCAAAGCCUCUGCUCUUAAUACUCUACCCUGGUUCAAUUUUAAAAUACAAUGACCCUAAAAUGUUAAAUAAUCAAUAACAAGUGAGCACCAGCUGAAUCAAGAAUUCAUAGAUCUCCCCACAUUAGACAGAGCAGGUACCAUAAAGACUGUUUAUGCUACAAUGGAGGUAAGAGAUGAUGGUGAUGAAGCAAAAUCUCCGUUCUCACUUAAUGAAGGUGCCGCUAAUUGGUCCAUUGACCCAGGUCUAAUGGAAGUGACUCCCUCACCAGCAUUGAAAAGAGAAUUAUCCUCAUACUAAGAAAUUAUACACACUCUUAAAGAGGGGUCUGGCAGACUUUAUCUAGCAGAUAAAGAGACGUUGAACUAACAGCAAAUUUUUCAGAAUAUUUUAAUAAAUUAUUGCUUUGAUUCUGAAUGAAUAUUUAUACAUUAUUUUCUGUGUUUUUGUUUUAAUGCUUGUACAGUAACAAUGAUUACUUUUAGUGGGAUAGGGAAGCAUAUGGUAAAUGUAAUAAUAGUGAUAAGUAAUUUGCAGGUACUAAUGAAGCUAUUGUAUUUUUAACUUCUCAUAUCAGUUGAAAUUUGUGCAGUGUACAUAGGAUGUAUUGUCUAAGUGCACAACAUUUAAAUGACAUUUUUGAGAUCUAAUAAAAUUGAAACUAAAUGAAUAAGAAUGGCUAGUAAAUUGAAA